GACCAUCGAAAAACCUAAAAAUAAACCAUCCUCUUCACUGUUAAACGGUCGAACGACCCCCCCCCCACCACCAUCGAAACCCUAGCGCUAGGGUUUCGAGGGUGGGGAGGGCCGGGCGACGGGUUUCACGGGGAAUUAAAAGGUUUUUCAGCGGGUUUCAGCGGCACUAGGUUUUUUCUGGGCUAAGGAGGUUUUCGAGGAGGGAUGACCACCGCUGGGUCGACGAGGGAUAGGGGAAGGCUGGAAAAGGGCGGCGAAGGUGGGGGAGGUGCGGUGAGUGGUUUGAUGGCUGAAAAAGGUGGGAAGCUAAUGACGUAGGUGGUUGUGUGGUGGUGGGACUAGUGGGAUCGUUGCCCUUUGUUUUAAAACAAACAACAUGACAAAUUUUAGACCUUCAAAUACUCGUGAUCCCCCAUUGAAGCAGCUUCCGAGAGUUUGCUGUGAAGCUUUGUUAGUAUUGUUUGCUGCUGUAAGCAUUAAUCAUAAUGUCAGAAAAGACAUGGCCUGCUCUUCAAUCUUGCAAGCGCCGGGUAUGGUUUCGUUUCUUUGUCAUCAGUGGCGGAUCUUGGCCGAAAAUAAUAUAAGGGUCAGGAUUUAAAUAUUUUACUUCUUGUUCAAUACUGAUCACUAUACUCUAAUAUUUUACUUCUUGUUCAAAACUGAUCGCUAUACUACAAUAUUUUAUAAGUAAAUAUAGGCUAUUUAAGUUCAUUAACUAAUAAAUUAUAAUAAUUUACGGGGGCUAAAUGGCCCCGGUGGAAGGUCCCCCUCUGUUUGUCAUCCACUAGUACAUAUGGAGUAGUUUACUGAAAUUUGUUAUGAUGAUUUACAUUCAGUUUGAAUAUUUUGUGUGUGAUACUCAGUGUUAUGAUGAAGCAAAUGACAGUGUUGUGAGGGAUCGACUAAGUCAGCUGUCCGAUGAUCUUCUGAUGUUGAUCAUGUCCUCUUUAACAAUGAAGGAAGUCACUAAAACUAGUGCUCUUUCACACCGUUGGAAAAAUUUGUGCCGAUUUUUACCUGUAUUGCUUUUUGAAGCUCAUUCACCGAUAUUGAAAUGGGUUAUGGGAGAGUGUAAGCUUAAAAGUACUUAUAAUAUGAAUUUAAAGGAUCAUGAGUGGUUCAUUCUGCGUCAUAGACCAGGUUUGGAAAACAAAAACUGUAUAAUAGUGAUUUUUUUUUUGUACUUCAAUUCGUAUAUUAUUAUUAGGAAAUUUUGUCAACAGCUACCUAUUAAAGCACGUGUUUUGAAAACAACUAUAUAUUAAUUUUUUUUAAAUAACUACCAUAAAGUUGUAAAAAGUUUACGUAGCACUACCACUCUAAUCAUUUUGGUUAGAAUUUUUGGUAUUUGGAUCUCACUUUUUAUCUUUUGAAGGGUAAUUUAGUCCAUUUAGAUGGUGAUUUUAUGAGGUAAAGGUAAAAAGUGGAACUUACAGUGCGAAUAUUCUAGUUGAAAUUAUUAGAGUGGUAGUGCUACUUAAACUUUUUACAACUUUGUGUAGUUCUUUAAAAAAAAAAUUAAUAGAUAGUUGUUUUCAAAACACGUGCUUUAAUGGGUAGUUCUUGACAAAAUUUCUUUAUUAUUACUUAUAGUAGGUGGUCUCACCUAAUAAUUGCUUAUCAGGUUUUACGAGGUGGGUGAACUAUGCACUGGAAGCUCAUCUUGCUCCGACAAUAGAUGAACUGAGGGUGGUUUUUGACUUGGAUCGCAAGUUCGCAACAAUGAAUCUGAUAUCGAUAAGUGGUUAGUUUUUGCACUAACAAAACAAGUUAAAAGGCUUGAAUUGAACUUGACACCGUUUUUUAAAAAGAGUAGGAUAUUGAUACCGUUGAUUGAUUUCUACUCUUGGCCUCUUGAAUGUCGUAUGUCAUCUCUUGUUGUGCCUAGUAAAUUGGGUUCCUUGUGUCUUAAAUAUGUGAAUGUGACUGUGAUGGACAUUGAGCGCAUUCUGCUUUCUUGCUCAGUUCUUGAGAAUUUGUGCAUUGUUGGUGGCUACCAUUUAACACAUAUAAAGCUUCCUCAUUCACCUCUUGAAUUGAAACAUUUAGAGGUAUCGCGUUGUCCUCAUUUGUUAUGCAUCGACAUUUUAGCCCCAAAACUUGUGUCAUUUAUUCAUCAUGGGGAUCCCGUAGGAGAGCUGAAUAUUAGAGAUGCCUCCUUCCUUUCCGAGCUAACAAUUGGUAAUGGAUUAUAUAUUGGAGAGGUUGUAGCCCCUGCUUGUGACUCUUUUUCUAAAUACUUCUCACAAUUGAAGUAUCUAAGUUGGAGCUUGAUUGUAAACCAGAGUUAUACAGUAUCUAAGUUUAACUUGGGGAUCGAUAAUCCGAGAAGCAUGAAAAACCUUACGCAUCUUCGAAUCUCUGUUAAAUCAAAUCAUGAUGAAAGUCUCCUUGGAUGGGCUCACUUGAUCGAAGCAUCUCCACUCUUACAGAAAUUACAUGUCAAGUUUUGUAAGUGUCUUGGGUUUUAUUAUACAUCUCAAAGGAGUAUAGUCAAGCAUAGAGGGCGCCCCCUCAUGAGCCUUAAGACACUACAGAUUGGUGGUUUUCAGGGGCAACCAAUUGACAUUGAGUUUGCCACCCAUGUGGUUGAAAAUUCCGUCAUGCUCAAAAGGUGAUAUUGGAUAUCCCGUCAGAGUGUAAUUUAAGGAAAACUUGGAUGCAGUUUGAUGAAAAACAUGCUAAAGAAUGUGCUGAGGAGCUUGGAAGGACACUACCUCAAGAUGUCACGUUCAGAUACACAACUGCCUAGAAAUAGGUCUCUUUGCUCAACCAUAAUAUUAAUUAUUUAGUUUUUA